AUCAUACCUCACAAUCGACCACCACAAUGGCUUCAAUUGCUCGCUCUCUGCGCUUCGCCGCCCCUCUAACAAGGGGUAUCGCUCCUCGCGCUCCCAUUGCCCGCCCUAUCCGAGCUUUCUCCUCCACCAAAUUGAGCCUCGCUCGCAAAUACACAAAAGACCACGAAUGGAUCGAUCUCUCCGCCGAUAAGAAGCACGGUUUCGUCGGUAUCUCAGAGUACGCUGCCGAGCAGCUCGGUGAUGUAGUCUACGUUGAGCUCCCCGAAGCCGGUCAGUGGGUUGAGCAAGGUGACGCUGUCGGCGCCGUCGAGUCAGUCAAGUCUGCCAGCGACAUCAACGCUCCCGUUCGUUUGCGUGUUGUCCAAGUCAACGAUAACCUCGAAGAGAAGCCCUCCACGAUUAACAAGGUUCCCGAGGACGAUAGCGCCGGUGGUGGCUGGAUCGCAAAGGUCGAGGUUGACGAGGAGGGCGCCAAGCAGUUUGAGAAGCUAUUGGAUGCCGAGGCUUACAAGACUUUUGCUGGAGCCGAUUAAAACAAAUCACCAAGGAAGAAAAAAAAAGAGAAGCACAGCACAGCACAACAUAGACUUGUCAUACCGGGGUAUAUUUGGGUUAAUUCAUGACCAUCUACUGAUCUAUCAUCACUCAUUUGACUGUCUCCGGCACCUGUCGGGUCUCA